UUGAACAUUUGGAUCUUCAACGGGGAUUGCAUUUAGAUCAGAUCCAGCAACAUACAUGCAAGAAAAGCCCAUCCACUACCAUAGAACCAUGCAUUAAACUGGUGGGAACCAAUGUAUGCUGUGCUUAAUUAAGUGAAGAGGCAUACAAAGAUCACAAAUUCUGAGGGAUGGACCUUUCUUGAUCACAAAAUGUCUUAGAAGAUAGAUUCACCACUCUAUUGAAGAUACUCUUAUAUCUUUCCCUUCUUGUACAUACCUGUUAUUCUCCCUUGUUCUUCUCCCCUUUCCUUCCCAGUAUUUAAAGUAUGUGUUAUACAACAUCUCCUAAAUAAGGCCUAACGAAAACUAUUCGGAGAAUAAUGAAAUACAAUUGACAGAGCUCUCAAAACACUCCCACACAUCCAAAAACUCAGUUUUAGCACCAUACACGAGCCUUUCUGUUGCUUUUCUCUUGCUUUGAAGAAACUACCUUAAUUUGUUGCAUCUGAGGAAACAUGGCUUCUUGUAGCGAGACAACAAUGGAUCAUUGUUCACACAAAAAAAAACACAUUUUAUCCGUAUCAUUCUUAGUGAUAUUAUGAAGAAUCAGAAGAUCGCGAUUCCUCGAAGAUUUUUGAGAAAGCAUGGAGAAAGUUUAUCAAAAUCAGCAGUAAUUAAAGUUCCAAGUGCUGCAACAUGGAAGGUGGAGUUAUUAAAACAUAAAGAUGAAGUUUCAUUUGCAAAGGGUUGGGAAAUGUUCAUAGCUUAUUACUCUAUUGACUAUGGAGAUUUCCUAGUUGAGUACGAGGGGAACUCCCUGUUCACUGUAUUCAUAAUCGAUAAGAGUUUUACGGAAGUAGGCUAUCAAUGGAAUAACACUGAUGCUGCGGAGAGUAAUCAAGAAGAUAAGCUUGAGGAUCAUGAAGAUGAUGAUGAUGAUGAUGCCUUUGUUGAAUUCAUUGACAUUUCGUCUGGCUCACAAGAAACAGGAAAGGGGACCAAAGGGAAGGAAAAACUAGGUUGUUCAAGAAAUUCUGAAGAAUAUGAAGGUGAUCAUGGAGGAAGGCCUGCUGAAAACAAAUGUCAUCCAAGUGGGACACCAUUGGUAAUUUCCUGUUAUUUUACCUAGCUCUCUUUAACUUGUGACUUCUUGCCUCUCAAACUUUGAAAUUAGUAAGGUUGUUUGUUGUUGGCCCCCCAAAAAAGCCCCUUUUUUCAUCGUAAUUUCAAAGCAAUAAGAACUCGCCUAAAAUUAAGGAAGAUUAGAUAUCUUUUCCAAAUGAAAACAAGUGGCAAAUAGUGUAUCUUUGAUCCAAAGCAAUAGAAUAUUAUCUGCUGUAUCAUGACAAAGCGAAAUCUCUAGUACAGAGUGCAGCCAGAGACAGCCCUGGUUUCUACUUUACAUGGACUGCGAGCUUUCUAGUGUACCACAAAAUCUGCCAUUAAGAGAAAGGAAGAUUAAAACUACAUCAAGCAAGCUUUCUAGUACUGUUUGACCUGUUCUGUGUGGAACCGUGUUGCUAAUCAGUUUUUCUUUCGACUGUUACAGGAAAAAAAAACGAAUAAACAAACAUGAACCCUAGAUAAUAUCCAGGUAAUGCUUGUAAUUUCUUUUUCUGUGCCUGGCUCCUAAAGCUUGUCAACAAGACUUUCUGAGAAAGUUGCAAAAGAAAGAAGAUUGUACUUGCAAGCAUCUUAUUUGGCUUUACUGCAACCCUAUUACUUUACCUUUGUUUCCCCUUAAGUUUGGAUAGGCAUGCAUUAGAAAUGAAGUGACAUGAUUUUUUGUAUCAUGGUAACAUGUACCACACCUGCAACACUGAGAAGCUAUAAACACGCUUUCAUGCAGAUCUUCUGCAGUAUUCAAAAAGCCGUUGUCUUUAUCUGUCAAAAUCUGCAGCAAAUCUAGAAACAGAAAUAUUUCUUUUUAUCGAAAGUGAAUUAUCUCCACACAGGCUUGCAGAUUCGAUUCCUUUCCUUGUCUGUUGCGCAAACUUAAGUCUCAUGAUCAAUCUGCAAUGCUAAUUUAUGCGUAGAUAAACCAGGCAAUGACCUCAUUAAGUCUGUUAACUCCAUACUUAGCAAGAGAAUAGAAUCAACUAUGGUGUUGGCUUUUUAUAGGACUAGGGAUAUGGACAAAACAAAGACUAGCCGAGUACUCUUUGUUUCAUUGAGAGACAAAUUUAUUUCGUUUGAUAUUUCAGAGAAUAGAAUAUUAUCUGCUAAUUCAAUCUAAGCAGAAUGAGAUUUGGAAUUGUCAAAUAUCCUUAUGGUUGGUCUGUUAAAUCUUGGUGUUUCGUACAUUAACAGUCUAGUACUGUUUUGUUACUUGUGCUCGGCUUUGCAAGCUAAUUCUUUACUUGACAAUCGAUCUCACAUUUCCAAUGACUAUAAAAGAGCUAGGUUCGAAGAAACUAUGGAAUGUGAGCUCGAUCGAAUGCCUUCAAAUCAAUAAUCUUCUCCAGGAUGAGAAGAAUAAUGAGCACAGAUUCUCCUAAUUGUGCAGCUUGCGGAAAGGCUUAUAGGAAGAAAUUGUUGUUUAAGG